AACGCAGACAAGCCGCAGCAGCCCUCAACACCAGACAAGCCGCAGAAGCCCUCGACACCAGACAAGCCGCAGCAGCCCUUGACACCAGACAAGCCGCACCAGCCCUCGACACCAGACAAGCCGCACCAGCCCUCGACAUGCAGACAAGCCGCAACAACCGCUCGCCCCAGC